AGAGAACUAAACACGUAAAUAAACCCCCUAUUCCUGAAUGAAAUAAGGUCUAAUAGAAAGUACGAGAAGAGGUCAAAAAUCACGGAAGAAAAUGAGCGCCCCGAAUGUACCCAUAAGCACCAUUGAGGGAUUAUCUCACGCCCUGAAAUGCAACAUAAUUCCAAACCAGGAGUACUACUUGCAGGGCUCCAUCCUCGACAGUCAAGUUGAGCAUCUUCUGCACAGACUUAAGGGAUUGUGUGACAAUGUGGAUUCAGGUCCAGAACCCUUUCAUGACCACGAAAUUUGCUUCAGCCUACGAGGGCAGAAUCAGCAGCUACAGCUGCGUGUUCGAAAAGCUCAAGAUGUGGAUGCACCCUUUCAGCUGAGAUACAUUGGGCAGCCUGAAGUUGGUGAUCGUUCCCGUCCCACCCUCAUCAGAUCAAGUAUUGAUAUUUCCUGCACAGCUUCCGUUUUGGAAUUCCUCACGGAACUCGGGUGUCGCAUUGAUUUUGAAUAUGCCAACAGAGGCUACAUGUUUCGAAAGGGACGGAUGAAGAUUACAGUGUCAAAGAUCUUCAAAGUUGGUGGUCUUCAGCCAACUGAUCCCAUCUCCCAGAGCUACCUCGUUGAAUUGUCAAUCCUAGCACCCAGUGGGCAGGACGUUAUUGGGGAAGAAAUGCGAAUUCUGGCGGAACAACUGAAACCUCUCGUCCAACUUGAGAAGAUUGACUACAAACGGACUCUCUAGAGAUCCUCCUUCAAUCAACAGUACGCAGAAUCAGUUUGAAGUCCUUGUAUUUAUGCUAUUAUUUUCUAGAUUAAAGUUUCUUGGUAUUGACCAUUAUAAUGAAAUAAAAAA